CAUUUAGAUCAUGCUAAUCUUGAGAAGCUUAUGAAGGAACAGAGGAGGAAGAGAUGUUCCAGUAAAUCUCAUUUGCGUUUAUUUUCAAUCAGCCCCUGCCUUUGACACUGGCCAGUGGGUGAGUCCAGCAGCGCCAUCUAGUAGGGACAACAGACACGCGGCCGCAAACCAGCUGCCCCUUCCCUCCUCACUUCACAUCCUCUUCUCUUGGAUCCCCUCUCUCGUCUAGCUCGCCGGGGGCACCGCCGCUCGCCGUUGCAACACCGGUCACAGGAACCGGUGGGAUUCGCCAGCCCUUAGUCCGGAUCGACGUCCAUGCCUCCAGCUCCGACAUGCACGCCAGCUGGAUGGCGCCGUGAAUCGCCUCAUUUUCUGGUGUGUUCUUGCUCCUAGGAACCACUUGGACCGACGCCGCCUUCCUCGGUUCGGUCGGCCGCCGUGGUCGUCAUCCUCACCGAAUAGCUACAAGGACUGUGACGGGCUCCGCUAUGUCCACAUCUGCUCUGGACCACGGAUUCGAAGCCGCAGAUCCCUAGUACUUCUUCCUGACGCUGACCGCCAUUACCGCUGUCCAGAGCUCGUUACUAUGCUCUGUCCGACCUCGCCACUAACAGCAGGGUGAGAAAUCGCCGCCGCUGUUGGUGUUGUUUGCUACUUGCCGCUGUCGCUAAAUGCUGCUGGCCACUUGUUGCUGGUCGUUGAUGCUCAAUGAUGUUAGCCGUGACCUGCCUGUAGAUGAGAGAAAGAGAGAUUGAUUUGCUAGUGCAAGUAUCUAAUGACCAGAUGCCAGCUGGUUUGAUCUUUUUAGCAAACGCUAUUGGGAAGGUAAAAUGUUCUCUAAUUAUCUUUCCUAUACCCUAUCAAGCCAAUGACGUGGUACAAAGGAAUUAGUGAGAAAGUUUUGUGUGUUACCUUAUCAUAUAGAUGCAAGUAGUUUGGGCAAAGCAACUUCCGCCUAUCAUCUAUGACAAAGAAAAUGCAUAGGAAUAAUAAAAAGAAUUACUAUGGCUUUUAUGCUAUCACAUUUGCUUGAUCGAAACUAUCAUCUUGGGGUUAGCCUAGAACUCCUCCUCACAAACUGCUGCUACCAAGCCAUGUUCUUUACAGUCUACAAUGCUACGACUAAUAAUUUACUCAGGCUACAUAACUCGGGCUGCAAUUUCUAAGUAUUCUUUUCAUACUCAUUUGUGUCUAUGUCAUAAUUGAUGAUUAUGAUGAAAUUUCUUCUACAUGUGUCCUGAUAUGUUUCUCAGAUAUUGUAGUUUUGAGUGUGGGCCUCCGUUCCAAAUUACUUGUCGCAAAAUGGGGAGAACUUGAUGAGGUAAAAAAAACCCUAGCCACCGCUCCCUAGCCACUGCUCCCGCCGCUAGCCACCCGGCUCCAGCGGCCACCGCCCCGCGUCGGCGGCCACUCCGGCCCCGCCGCCCACCUCCAGCCAUGUGCUCCCCCUCCCCUCCGGCCAAGGGCCGCUCGCGCUCCGACCGCUGGCUCGACUCGAGCCCCUCCUCUGCCGGGACUGCCGAAUCAAGACCGACGUCCUACCUCGAGGCUCUCCGCAGCUCCCCUGCCUCCCCAACGGCGGCCGGCUCGCAGCCCUCGCCGCCGCCCGCGCGUCCUCCCCUGCACUCUGAGAUCUGUCAGGUCACGGAGGCGGACGGCCCCGACGGCUGGCACCUUGCGCGUUGCCGCAGGCGCCCCCGCUCCCUCCGACCGCGGCGCCCUCGCCGGGGUCCUGCCGAUGCGCCCCGUCGACCGCCGUCGUGGCUCCGGGAGGGGGAGUGCCCCAAGUGCUUCAGCACCAGCCACCCGCGCUCCGAGUGCCGCCGGGACAUCCGUUGCGGGCGCUGCCGCUGCUACGGGCACAAGGUCCGCGAGUGCACCAUGCCGCGCGCCGCCGCACCAUCCUCCCCCUCGUCCCAUGGCGCCUCGCCCCCUCCGCUCCGUCGCCGUGUUUCCCCUUCGGGGUCCGGCACCCCCCUCGCCCCCGAGUACUCCGCUCCAUCCAGCUCACGCCCUGCUGCCGCGAGUCCUGGUGAUCGUCCCGCGUCCUCCGGGUCGAUUGUCGCAGGGUCGCCGGGCUCUGAGGGGCCUACACCCGCGUCCUCCGGGUCGCCGCCCGCCCCUGCUUCGCCGGCGACCUCCACUUCUGCCGCGUCCACCCCACUAUCUGGCCACCCGGUGCGUCGCCCCGCUGGCGCCACCUGCUACCUCCCUCGGUCCGCGGAGCUUGUUGCGGCAGAGCGGGAUCUCGAGCGCGCGCUGAUCGCCACGGUCGCUGGGUGCCACUCUGGUGUAUCCAGGGAGGCUGUCUUCGACGCGCUGCGCGCAUGCUAUGGCCUCGCUGCGCACGAGUUCUCCGUCCACACCCACGCCUCUGACGAUUUCCUCAUCAAGUUCUCCUCCGCCGCCUCGCGCGCGCGUGUUGCCGCCGGCGGCCUCCGCACCGGCAACUUCCGCCUGAUCUUCACUCCCUGGAGCCUCUCCCGUGAUGCUGUUCCGGUGAAGGCGCGUUUCCUCGUCUCUGUUGAGAUCAAGGGAAUCCCCGACCAUGCUUGGCAUUGGGCUUCUGUCGAGUUCCUCCUCUCGCCAUUCUGUCAGGUGGAGAAUCUGGCACCGGAGACUAGGAACGCGUCUGACAUGUCCGUCUUCCGCCUGACCGCCUGGACCACCAACCCGGAUGGCAUCCCGCGCACCUCGGAGCUCCUCGUGCCGGAGCACGACGCCGUCGAGGAGGAUGCCGAUCCUGCGACCGCGGAGCGCCUCUCGCUUGGUCUGAUGCUUUUUCCCGUCGAGAUCCAUGUUCGGAGCUGCGUGGACUACCGCCGCCCCUCUCCGCUGCCCUCACCCUCGCCCGCCGACGGGGCCGGAGACUGCGACGCUCCCCCUGACUCACCCCCUGUUCCCGGUCCCUGGCCGCGCAUUCAUGAGUUUCCUGAGCGUCUCCCCGGCGCGUCUUCCCGCCGGACCUCAGGUAGCGCUCCUCGCCGGCGCCGGCGCAGGCAUGCUCCCCCUCCUUGUCACGACUGGCAAGGCAUUCUGGGGCCGUACCCCGUGGCCACUGCAGCCGUGCCCCGGGUUCGAGCUACGCUCCGCCUCGGCGCCCCUUCGUCGCUGCCGGCCUCUCCGGCAUGUGCUCCGGCGACAUCUCGCGCACCCGCACCGGAUCCCUCUGCCGCGCGGGACCCAGCUAUGCCCAGCCCUGGUCAGCCUGCGCUUCUGGAAAGCGCCGCCGCCCAGGCUUUCGACGACGCUGCUGACGACAAUACGACCGCUUUGACGGUCUUUUUCCAGCCGCAGUCGCCGACAGCCUGCCCAGGCCCACGAUCCCAUGACGCCAGCGAUGAUUCCCUCGCCAACGGCCCUGUUGUCGAGCGCGUUCUCCCGCUCCAGGACAACGGGCACGCAUCCCCCCCGACCGGCGCCUGUCGCACCCCCCUGCCACGAGCGGCAGCAUGCAUGUUGACCCCCUGAUGCCUGGGCCUGGGCCCGCCGCGCCCGCGCGCCCGAUUCUCGCGCCUUUCGAGGAGGAUCACAUGCAUGCCCGCUCCGAUCCCGCAGCGGUGGAAGGCCCCAUGCAUGCCUGCACCGAUCCCGCUGGUGUUUCGUUGGUAGACCCUGGCGGAUCCGAGGCCCACGACCGCUUCACGCGCCACGCCUGGCACCUUCCUAUUGGCGGAGGCCGUUCCGCCCAUGCAGCUGCACCAUGCAGGCUCCGCACCGCCUGGCCUCCACACUUUCGUCUGCGUGAUGCAAACGCAGAUCGACCGUGUUCUCCCUGCACCUGCGCCACGUCGACGUCGCAAUGAGAUGCCACCCAACUUCACUCCAAGGAGAAGCGGGCGAAUUGCCAAGGCCGACCGUGGCUUGGACUCCGAGAUGAAGGCCAAGCGCGUGCUUUUCCGGUGACUGGGCCUGCUCAAAGACGAUGCCCCGAUGGACGAAGCCACUCUCUCCAAGUAUGCGGCUCUGUUCGACCGCCCGCUGGCUGAUGACAUCAUCCAGGCCUUUGCCGACUUCUACGGUUGGCGCAUUCCUACUGCGGAAAGCAGCUCCUCCCCGCAGCGCGCCGGAAGCCCCCGCCUCGUGGAGAUCUGAUCGGCCUUUUUUGUGCACCUGUGCCCAGCGCCCCCCCACCCCUUCCCAUGGAUGGAAACCUUAAGAUCAUUUUUUGGAAUGUCCGAGGCCUAAACUCUCGUGCUAAACGUUCUGCAGUCCGUAGCGUUAUUUCCUCCGCUGCCCCUUGCGUCGUUUGCCUCCAGGAAACGAAGCUUGCUCACAUGUCGGACUCUCUGGUGCUGGAAACACUGGGCGCCCCCUUCCUAGACUUCUACUUCCUCCCCGCGGAUGGCACUCGCGGAGGCAUCCUGCUCGCUUGGCGCUGCGACAUGAUCUCACUCUCUAGGCCGACCAUUGGCGACCAUCACGUCUCUGCCCUCGUCUCACCACUUGUCGGGGAUCAGCACUGGUGGCUCACGGGUGUCUACGGCCCGCAGAGAGAUGAGGAGAAAAUAGCCUUCCUUGGCGAGUUGCAUGAGUUUCGCGACACUUGUGCCGGCCCUUGGCUCAUUGAAGGAGAUUUCAACAUGAUCACCUCCGCCGCAGAUAAGAACAACAGCAGGCUCAACCACCGAACUAUGAGUCGUUUUCGACGCUUUAUCGCCGACCACGAGCUUCGUCCAAUGAGCAGGAUAACCCAACCCUCAUCCACAAUGAUCGUGUGCUCAGCAGCUCAACCUGGGAUGUUGCACAACCCCAAUGCCUUCUGUGCUGUCUCUCCUCGGUGGCGUCUGAUCACUCCCCUCUCUUCCUGGACUGCACGGCACACAACAACCAGGCCAAGCGCUUCCACUUUGAGCGGUUUUGGCCGAAGCUCAACGGCUACCUGGACGUGGUUGUUGAUGCCUGGAACUCCACCCCGCUGCACCCCGACCCCUUCCGGCGCCUCUACGCUCGCCUCAAGAGCACCGCUCGGCGCUUGCGGAGCUGGGGCUCAAAAUCCUUGGGAGGCAUUUCUCUGCAGCUCACGGUCGCCCGCGAGCUUGUUGCUCGCCUCGACGAGGCACAGGACCGGCGCCCGCUCACGGCGCCGGAGGCAUGGCUACGGCGUCGCCUGAAAUGUGCCUACCUGGGCCUCGCCUCCCUCGACCGGACGAUCUCCCGCCAGCACUCUAGAUACUCAUGGCUGCGAAAUGGUGAAACCAACUCAGCCUUCCUCCGUAUCCAGGCCUCUCGACGCCUCCACAAGAAGAGGAUCCUUGAGCUCCAACACGAUGGGCAGAUCCUCCUCGACAACGAGGCCAUGGCUGCUGCAGCAUUCUCCCACUUCACACAUCUGCUUCGUUCCACGGACGAGCGUGACUUCACCCUCAACCUGGAUGUGCUUGGGAUACCCACCUCGGACCUCUCCGGCCUUGAUGUGCCAUUCACCGAGGACGAAAUCUGGAACGCAAUCAAGCUGCUCCCCCAUGGAAAGGCACCUGGCCCCGACGGUUUCACUGCCUAAUUCUUAUGCUCGGCCUGGUUCGUGAUCAAAAAGGACAUUUGCGAGGCAUUUGACAAGCUCUAUGCUCUCAACGGCCUUGGCUUUGGAAAGCUCAAUGAGGCGCUCAUCACCUUGUUACCCAAGAAGCCCGACACGUCCUCGCUCGCUGACUACCGGCCGAUCAGCCUCAUCCACCUCCUGGCGAAGCUUUUCGCCAAAGUGCUCUCCCUUCGCCUCGCUCCCAAGCUGCCCGAGCUUGUCUCUGUCAAUCAGAGCGCUUUCAUCACCGGAAGAUGUAUCCAUGACAAUUUUCUCCUGGUCCAACAGACCGCCAGGCACCUCCACAACCGCAAGCUCCUGCGUGUCCUACUCAAGCUCGAUAUUGCCCGUGCCUUCGAUUCGGUUUCCUGGCCAUUCCUCCUCCAAGUAUUGCGCCAUCGCGGAUUCGGCCCACGUUGGCGGGAAUGGAUCUCCAUCUUGCUCUACAGUGCGAGCACCCGCGUCCUCAUCAAUGGAUCGCCCGGGCCACCAAUCAGCCAUGCCAAGGGGUUGCGAAAAGGUGACCCGGUGUCACCAAUCCUAUUCACCAUUGUGAUCGACGUGCUCAACUCCGUCAUCCUUCGUGCGGUGCAAGCUGGAAUUCUACACCGGCUCACUCCUAACCACAUGGCCUCAAGUGUAUCCCUCUACGCCGACGACGUGGUGGUUUUCUGUCACCCAGACCGGCACGACCUCGCCGUGCUCCGGGAGCUGCUGUCCGUGUUUGGAGAUGCCUCCGGCCUACGCACCAACUUCGACAAGUGCUCUGUAACCCGCAUCCAAUGCUCUCCUGCUGAUGAGGUGGCUAUAGGACUUGAGCUGCACUGCCUGGUCAAGCACUUCCCCAUCACCUACCUGGGACUGCCGCUAUCGGUCCGACGGAUCCACUCCUCGCAUCUCAUGCCGUUGGUGGACAAGAUGCGCAAGAAGCUGUCCACCUAGAGGGCGUCCUUGCACUCCCGUGGGGAGCGGCUCGCCCUGGUCCAGCAUGUGCUUUGCGCCAUGCCAAGACACCUGCUCGCGGCUAUCACCCUCAACGCCCAUGUGCUCAAAUUGGUCAACCGCCUCAACCGUGAGUUCCUAUGGCACGGCAGGAAGGAUUCCGCCUUUGGUCACUGCGCGGUUAACUGGCGUCGCGUCUACACGCCGCUGCACCUCGAUGGACUGGGCGUCCGCGACCUUUGACGCACCGGGCUCUCCCUCCGCACCCGCUGGCUCUGGCUCCAGGCCACGGACCGGACGCGCCCCUGGAGCCAUCUACCCCUCCCUGUUGACCCUGAAGCGCUGGCCAUCUUCCGUGCUUCCACCCAAUGGGAACUUGGAGAUGGGCGAACUUGCAAAAUCUGGACCGAUCAUUGGAUCCACGGCCAGUCCAUCACCGAGAUCGCACCGGCUAUCUAUGCUAUCGUGCCCAAGCGGCGCCGCCAAUGCCGACUCAUGGCCGACGGACUCCAAGACCGGGCGUGGGUCCAGGACAUCACUGGCGCCUGGGGCCCCCUGGCGACUGUCCAGUACAUCGAGCUUUGGAGGCGUCUACUCCCGAUUUCAACCUCAGUGCAGCCCGACAUUCUUCGGUGGCGAUGGACAGCGAAUGGAACUUACUCUGCUAAAACCUGCUACGACGCUCUCUUCCUCGGCUCUACCUCAUCCCCUCAUGCCGAGCUCACCUGGAAGACAUGGGCCCCCCCUGAGCGUCAAGUUCUUCAUAUGGUUGGCCCUGCAAGACCGAUGCUGGACGAACAAGUGGCUGGCGUGACACGGGCUGCCUCAUAAUAGCACCUGCGCACUCUGCGAUCAGGCCACUGGAUCUAUGCAGCACCUUUUGAUUGGCUGCUCCUUCUCUCGCAUGGUGUGGCAUGAAGUGUUCUCCACGCUGCGGCUCACCAGCAGCAUUCCCCUCGGCCACGAGCCCUUCUUCGACUGGUGGAAGGCAUCCACGUCAUCCGCCCCGCCUUCUCUUCGUAAGGGCACGGCCUCCCUAGUGAUCAUCAUCGCCUGGACCCUCUGGAAGCACAGAAAUGCCUGCACCUUCAACGGCAUCCGCCCGUCAGUGACCGAGGCCUCUCGAGCUGCUCUGGCCGAGGCAGCAAUGUGGGCCACGGCUGGCGCUAAAGGACUACGCUCCUUUAUUUUCGAACCACCUUGAUCGAACCCUUUCUCUGUAACUCCGUGUAGCCCCGACCACGAGUGUGUUGCUUGGUCAUGCGCUUGUAAACUCCCCUACUUAUCAAUGAAAUGAUACGCUUUAUGCGUAUUCGAGAAAAAAAAAGUUUUGAGUGUGGGAGCGACAUUGUUUUUGUUUCAGUAACUUUCUGGCAUAAAUGCUGUCGUGUACUACUCUACGUCCAUGUUCCACAGUACAGGCCUUGCAUCUAAUGUUGCAGCGAGUGCUCUUGUUCGGUGAUGCCGAUGUUUUUGGCACCAUGAUUGCAUCUCCACUAAUGGUCAAGCAAGAGGAAGAGCCUUCUCAUAACAAGAUUAUCUGGAAUGGCACGUCGAUGUUACUCUUGUCAUUGUCCUUCACCUAGAAGGCUUUAGCACCUUAUUAUGGCACUCUUGCUGUUGUUGGCACUGUCCUGUAAGUGGUUUACAUUCACCUAAUAUGGUGUUCUCCUGGUUUUUCAUUAUCACUAAUUUUAGCUCAUAACUAACUUGAAAUCUUGAUAGUAAUUUUAUGAGUCGGUGUGAGCACACAACAC